ACUACCUUUAUCGACGCUAAUUUAAAGCCUAGUGCGUCAUAUAAAGCGCAAUGACGCCUAUCAUCAUUUUUUGUUUUUCGUUAUGUUCGGUCACGCAAUAAUCAUAAAUAGAUGCAACCUUUUGAGGUUAGACGAGGAAAGGGCAAACAGCAAAACAAACAUAGACUUCAACAACAUUAAUCGUUUCUUGAGGACUCCGAAUGAAGUCCACUUUAUUGGUCACGAUAUGUCUGCUGCUCAUAGCGUCAGCUCAUAGUUUGUGGGGCCGACGCAGGCGCAGACGUUGCAAUCCACAAAACUGCCAAGUAGGGCAAUGGGUGCCGUGGAGUCGUUGUAACCUGGCCUGCGGGGAUUACGGGACUCAGAGACGCACGCGCAUUAAGACUCGAAGCGAAAAGUGUGGCGGGAAGUGUGACCUCGCCUUGAUACAAGUACGCGGGUGUAACAGACGGCCAUGCGCAAGGAAUCUGAAACACCGACUGGAGUACGCAGCCAGGGCUUUAGCGCCACUUGUGUUUCUACACAAGAGUGAGACGUUUAGACCCUCUGACGUGGACUUUUUCCUGCGUCACGUGAACAUGGUGAACUCAAGAGGUCAGAAGACGUGCAACAGGCCAACACUGACGUCGUCCAAUCUAUGCAGUGGGCACAAAAAUGAUUACCUGAAGACCAAAGUCACCCUGAAGAGUCCAUCAUCUGUGAACGCCCGCGUGCUCCGUGGUAUAUCAUCAAGCUUUGUAAAGGCCUACGCGAUCAUCAAGACCACCAAAAAUCGCUACUACGACAUCUACUACUGGCUGUUCUACCCCUACAACCGCGGCAAGAGGGUCUGUAUUGGCCUCAAACCCAAGUUAAUCGGGUGUAUCGGCGGCUACAGCACUUUUGGCCACCACGUGGGCGACUGGGAGCACGUGACCAUUCGUCUCAAUUGGAAUAUGGAGCCGUUACAGCUCUACGUGAGUGCGCACAAUUUUGGCACUCGGUACAACUACGACAAACACACCGGAGUGUUCCGGAGCGGUAAUAGGGUGUUAGCCAUGCAUGACUCUCACCCUGUGGUGUAUAGCGCCUUGGGUUCACAUGGAAUGUGGGAUCGCCCAGGGACGCACACGUACAAAAAGCUGUUUAACGGAGAAAAAUUGCAGGAUAAGACCAACGCGGGCCAUAAAUGGUAUACAUGGGGCAACCUUAUGGUAACACCGUAUGGUGAAUGGAAUGGCCGGGCGUACUUCUUCAGAUAUUUGGGAAGGUGGGGAAAUAAGAAAAGUGGAUGUAAGCUGUCGGAGAAGUUUGCAGGGGAGUGCAUCCUGAAUAGCGGACCUACAGGCCCUGCUGCUAAAAGCACCAUGUCGAAAGACCCCAUCGAAUAAGGACCUGCUACGACAGAAGACCCCAUCGAAUAAGGACAUGCUACGACAGAAGACCCCAUCGAAUAAGGGAUAUUUUUUUAAGGGAUGAUUUUUUUUUUCAGUUACCGAAAAUUUUUGUUGCGUGUAAAUUUUGUAAUUUUCUUAGUCAUGUUAAAUGGAAAAGCUAAUAAAAUAAAAUAAAAUUUUCAGGGCAAA